AUGCAUCUGUUAUUUGGAAGAAUUUGGAGACACGAUUUUCUCAAGGUGAUAUAUUCAAAAUCUCAGAUCUUUAAGACGAUCUCACCAACCUGCAUCAAGGAUUGUACUUGUGCUAUUCCAUGUACCUGUGGCUCUGCCUCGGAUCUCCGUCGUUACAAAGAUCAAGAUCGUGUUAUCAAGUUUCUUAAUGGCCUCACUGAUCAAUUCUCCACGGUUCGCUCUCAGAUUCUUCUGUUGGAUCCUCUCCCCUCACUUGACAAAGCUUUCUCCAUGGUUCUUGGCCAGAAAAGACGUUCCACCAAUAUCCCUGCUGAAUCACCAGACCUACCUUUAUUAGCUAUGCAGUUUCAACCUUCCAAUAACUAUGGCGGAGCUCGCAGAAAUGGUUCUUCUUCUCGAGGUCGUGGCCGCUCCUUUUCGGGUCAUGGUGCUUCUUCACAAUGCAUCUGCACUCAUUGUGGUCGUAACAAUCACACUAUUGAUACCUGCUUCAUGAAACACGACUACCCUCCCGGUUAUCAAUACAAAAGCCACAAGUCUUCCGUCAACAAUGUUAUGGCUUCUCCUUCACUCAAAGCUCCACUUGAUUCUGCUUCUGAUCCUUCGCCUUCUCUUGCUAUCAUUCAGAGUCAAUACAACCAGAUACUUCAAAUGCUUCAACACCAGCACUCCUCUGCUUCCGCUCUUACUACCUCCGAUGCCACUCCUCUACCCAACAUCAACUAUGUUUAUCCUCUUCUCGAUGAAAAACUCUACGAGAAUGAUUGGUUUAGCUUAACGAUACAAAGAUCUUUAUGUGCUUAA